GAAGCGGGCCGCGUUUACCGACCUCGUUAGUUUGUCAAGAAACGCUGGCGUAGGAAUAGGCACGAGCAAAGGAGAGCCCGCGUCUUCGUGAACAAGUGGGACGGCGCUUGCUUGCUGUUGUGCCAAGUGUUGUCGAUACUCAAUGUAAAAGUGCAGCCCGACGUAAGGAGAGACAAACACAAAUAGCGUAUUCUUCGGUUUGAAGAAACGGCUGUUUUGGCACCAUGGGCCCGCAAGAAUUAAUGGUGAAAUUGAUAGAAGAACUUGGAGACCCUCAUGAACUUGCUAACAGCGAAGACCUUAUCGUCCUGAAACUACAGGAGGCGCCUACAAAACAACGGCUUCUUCCCGAGGACAUUGAGCUUAGCUCGGAUUCAAGACGCUUCAGCAUGAGCCAACGCGCCUUCAUAAAAUACCGAGCAUUCCUGGGCAACCUGCGAUAUUCAGCUGCUCUGUUCGCCGGAAGCCAGGAGUUCCCAUCUUCCAAGGAAUUUCUUGCUACUGCCAAAUAUGUGCUGAAGAACGUGCGCUCCUUAGUCCUUGUACAUAACAGAAAUAAAAUCCGGGAUCUGGUGACAUGGUUUCCGGCCGUCACUUCCGUGGUCCUUUAUCACAAUCUACGCUUGGAAUGGGAGGGCGGAACGAUAGUUCAAGGCUCGUGCACCACGUCCCGCAUGGAGCAGCUCUUGGGAAACAUUCCGAUCACUGGGUCAGACGUCCUGCUCUUUAACCAAGCGACACUGACCAGCUUGUUGUACAAGUGCCCGAAGCUGUCUCUGGUCAUGUCACCAUACAUGGAUGAAGCACUGGCGCCCAAGACGACGGUAACUAUGGCUGGCAAAUGCCUUCCAGUCGCCAUUAAACGCAGAUUCUUGUUCCUUGGUUGCACAACGGCUCGUGACACUGGAUCUCCCGACACAAUUAUUGCAAAGAGCGAUCUCGACGUGCAGGAAGCCCAUCGACACUUCGCCGAAGCUGAAUAUCUGGAGCUCUCAGCCAAAUGUGAAAGUGCAUUUCAAAAAGUUGCCAGCUACACCAAAGUCACGCAUCUUUCACUCGCCUUCGACACUGCAAAACCCCGCUGUGCUUUCCAGCCUCAUGCAACCGAAUUGCUAUCUGUGCUCCGCCUCGUACAACUGUCACUGACGAACUUCUGCGACGUCAAACUUUCUACGAUUGCGGAUCAGUGUCCACAGCUGAAGUCCCUUCGAAUAUGUGCGUGUGACAUUGACGAUGAAAGCCCCCCUGUCCAAGGUUUCCCUCAUUUGGAAUAUCUUCGCAUCGUUAGCGACAUGAAGGAGCAUUCAUUCUUCAUGCUCCUGAGGUCCUGCCCGGGCCUUCGGGACCUGCAUAUCGGAAAGCAUGAACUGACGACAGCGUUUGUAGUAGGCCCGUCGUGUGGCGAGCGUCCCCGCCUAGAGCACGUGCAGCGACUUACGCUGGGCACGAGGAAGAAUGACAAGUGCGCCCUGGAUGACCGGAACGACCUGCCGGCGUGUCUGGACUCCACCUUGCUCCGUCUUCCUUCGCUUCGCCUCGUGCGCACUAACAACUUCAAUAUCCGCCUCCACAUCAAUAGCUGCUUCCCGAGUGUUUCGUUAGGAUGGUGUGGCUGUACGUUCUGUGGGGUUGAGUUUCCGAAACUUAACCACGUCCAAACGAAAGCCUCUGAAAAGCAGAAAGGCUCAGUGGAGGUGAACCUUCAAGAACAGACAAAUGAAGAAACAAAGGCGGAAGAAGCCGCGAGCAAUAAGGAGGAGGUAGAAAUAGAAAGUGAGAACUUAGAAUAAUAAAUGCAGAUGAGACAGCGCUUCUUUUUCGGCCUUUAAAUGCAGAAGCAAAACCCGAGUCACAUUAAAGAGUAGACAUAGAAGAGUCAAGAACUUCAGUAGAGUCAUUGAAAGUACUAUAACUGAGAAACGCUUAAGAGGCUGUAUAGCCAUCAGAUUCAUUGAAGGCAGCAGAAAAGCCAGGAGAUUCAGAUGCACAAGAUGCAUGACAUCGUGUGUCAUAGCGGCCGAAAUUAAUGAAUAUUUCUGAAAGCUUUCGGUUUUCUAUGUAAUGGCGUGAUACAGGAAAUUUCGAAGAGUGAUGACUAAUCUUCAGCGCUUUUUGUUCUCUUAUUGGGCGCUAAGAUGCUGCGACUUCUCAGGCAAAAUGAAUUAUACGUAUUAAAGAGUAGUCUCAAGGCAUACGCACCCUACGGUAAUUUUUCAUAUUUUGGGCACGUCAUGAAUUUUGCGGUGACCAAUUGGUUUUAUCGGUAGUAGCCGUAGCAUAGAAUAGGGAGCCUAUUUGGAAAUAAAUGUGAGCGUUUGGCUUUUUAAA